AUGUCCAACGAUCCCGAGGAGUCUCGUGCGGCACAGGCCAAUGCUCUUCACCAAGCCUACCUUGUGGCCCUUGUGGCCGAGCUCGAAGCUCGCCGACUAGCUGCCGAGGAAGACGAUUCAAGUUCUUCGAGUUCCGACUCCGGCUCCGAUACCGAUUCCGACGAUGAGGAUUUCCCUGUGUCCAGUGCCAUCCUUGACAAACUUGCGAAUCUGUUUUCCGAACGCUACCUGAAAGAUCGCCUUCUUAUCCGCAAGACCUCUGAACUCCUGGAUCUACUGCUCAACGACUAUAAAAUCAACCGUCCCGAAAUCUUCCGCAGCUACCUUCGUGUCACACCACAGUGCUUCGACGACCUCGUCAAAGCUCUCGGACCGCAUGCUGUCUUUCAAAACAAAUCGAACAAUAGCCAGACCGAUCCCGCAUGUCAAAUCGCUAUAGCUUUAUAUCGUUUGGGCCACUAUGGAAACGCAGCAAGCACUAUGAAGGUUGCAUUGCAGUUCGGGAUCAGCUACGGCUCCGUUCAGAACUUCACCAGUCGCUUCUUCCAAGCCGUGACGUCCACUGAGUUUCAGAACUCAUCUCUCAAAUGGGCAACACCUCGCGCAAAGGCAGAAGCAAUGGAGUGGGUCGAGCAGCAGACCUGCCCCUCGUGGCGCAAGGGCUGGCUCAUGGUUGAUGGCACCCUUGUCCCUCUAUUCCGCCGUCCGGGCUACUUUGGCAACAACUUCUUCGAUCGCAAGGCAAACUAUUCAACAGCCGUAGAGAUCGUAUCCUUACCAGACUUGCGUAUUAUCGAUUUCUCUGUCGGUCGACCUGGAAGCACACACAACUCUACGGGUUGGAGAGAUACUUGGGUAUAUCAGCGUCGGGAGGGGUUGUUGCGAUCAGAUGAGUGGAUCUGGGGGGACUCUGCAUACCCAUUGACAAAAUGGUGUCAAUCACCGUACAUCAAGCCUGAGAAGCGCCACCCUGACAACAAGCAGUUCAACUACUAUCUCUCCCGCGUACGUGUUCGCUCCGAGCAUGCAAUCGGAUACUUGAAAGGACGCUGGGCUUCUUUGAAAGGUCUUCGUGUCUCCGUCGAUGACCUUGAAGGGCUUAAGUUCGCCUCAAUAUGGAUUCGGUCUGCCAUCAUACUACAUUCGUACGCUAUGGAGCACGAGCGCAAUGCAGGACAGGCAAUCGAACGUGAUGGGUUCUUCAUGUCAGGCAGACGCUACAUGCGGAGGAAGAAGAGGUUUGAGCGUGAGUGGAAGCUCACAGGCCAUGACCGUACAGUAUAUCGGCAGCAGACAGAUGCAGAGGAAGAGGAAAGUUUGGCGCAAGGACAGGAGAAGCGGGAAUGGUUGAAGGAGCGACUCUUUGCCGAACUUGGUAUGGAACUGCACCCAAUUGAAGAAGAGACUGACGAGGAUAUGGACGACUUCGAGAUGGAUGUAGAGUAG